AUGAAAAGGGUUAGGUCUUCUCAAGAAGUGAGGCCUAAGAGGUCCCUUCCUUCUAGCGCCACUUGUUCCGGGUAUGGAACUGUGAGAAUGAUCUGGGAAGACCUGGCCCUGUCAAGCAGAGCGAACUUUGUAGAAAGCUGGAACUCUUGGGGAGCUUGGGUUGAGGUAACAUCGGAUUUAGGUAAAACUUGGAGAAAAAAUGGACCAAUAUAUAUCCCUGGUGAGGGACUGAGUGUGAUUCAACCUGUACCUUACCAGACAGCAAAUGGGAGUUUACGGGUUCUUUUGAGGUCUGCUAUUGGCAGAGUUUGUAUGUCGGAAUCCUUAGAUGGAGGACUUACCUGGAGCCACGCACAGCCGACUGUACUCCCAAAUCCUAAUUCAGGAAUUGAUGGGGUGAAGCUAAAGGAUGGUCGUGUUGUGCUUGCUUACAAUAUUGACUCGCGAGGAUUACUCAAGGUUGCUGUGUCUUGUGAUGAUGGUGACUCGUGGAUUGAUGCUUUGACUCUUGAAGAUACUUCAGAAAUGGAAUUCUCGUAUCCAGCUGUCAUCCAAGCCAGCGAUGGAUCCGUCCACAUCACUUACACUUACAAAAGGACACAAAUUAAGCACGUUGUAGUUCAACUCAAUUGACUCGGUGAAACUUGUAUUUCUGUGGCAACCUCUGCUAGCCUUUUCCAGGUACAUGAAUAUGUUUAUUUGAUAUCAGAUUUUCAGGUCCUGUAUUUUGGUGCCUCCGACUUGUUUUUCUCUUGUCGCA